UUGACACGUUGCGCUCCGCCGCGCUUCCGCCUGGCUACGGCGCUUCAUUUCUUCGGCCACCUGGUCUUCGUCGUCGUGUUGCGCUCCUCCACGGAGGAAAUCCUGAACGGAUCAAACCGUGACGGAGAUGAUGAAAUGAGAAUCCCGUCCAUCCGACGCUACCUCUGCUAUCUCCUCCUCCUCCUUCAUCCACUCAUCGCUUCUCUGAUCCUGAUCCUAAAACCCUAG